UAACAACAACAACAACACAGCUGAGCGCGCCAACAACAACAACAGCAACAGCAACAACGACAGCCACAACAAAGAAGAAGAUCCAACUACAGCAACAACUACAAAGAACAACAACUUCCCCCACCCAAAAACAGAAUAUAUACGAACUAUUUGAUACUAACGCGUAAGAGAGGGAUAUAUAUAUAUAUAUAUAUGACAUAACUGUUUCUGCUGUGGCUGCAAAACGAGAAAAUAAAGGAGCAAGUUGAAGAAGAAGCAGCAGAUACUAGAGCAACUAUUACAAAGAAAGUUGCGAGAGCGCCAAAUUGUCUACGAGAGCGUCGUUGCUCUCGCCAGACACACACACCAACAAACAACAACAAGAAGACACAAACGGAAAGAGAGAGAGAGAGAGCGUAGUAACAUACAUAAACUGACUCCAUACACACACACACACUCACACACAGCAAUACUCUCUCUCGUCGAGCAGAACAGCAGCUGGCAGCUGAGAGCGCUGAGCGCCAAUUGAAAAAAAAAAACGAUACGAGAGAAGCACAUCGAUCUUCGAUCACUUGCAACAACUUGCAUGCGAACUGAAAGCAAGUGACCGAGAUACGAGACAGAGAGAGAAAGAGAGAGAGCAGUUUAGACUACGCCUUCGAUAACAGACAUUGCUGAUAUUAUCGAUAAAUAAUCUUCCGUUACCUUCAAAACACGUAAGGUGCACACGUUGAGAGUAUUUUUUUUGGGUGUCCAACAACAACAAAAAAAUUACUCGUGCACAUACACACUCUCAGGAUAUGUACGGCAACAAUAAUCCGGGUAGUAACAAUAAUAACGGUGGUUAUCCUCCAUACGGUUACAACAAGUCGAGACAUCAUUUCUUCCCACAGCGAAGCAGCAUUAUCAAGCGAUCUCAACAGCGAAAUCGAGAGACAGAAACGUUUAGUUAGUAUGUAGUGAGGUUAUAUUUUAUGGUUAUUUUUUUUUUGAGUUAAGUUUUGCGUUUUGGUUUCGAAACAAGACCUUAAAUCUGGUGUGAUAUAUCAACUCACUCUGUGACGCAACAACAAAAUGUUCCUUAAACGAAGACGCCGGCAACGCCUCGGUGGGCGUGUAUUUGGCAUGUCGCAUUCACUGCCUUCAGGAAUGUCACGUUAUGCGUUCUCACCACAGGACACAGAAUUUACAUUUCCAAGUUCCUCGUCCCGUCGCGGUUACGCCGAUUUUCCGGGCGGCAAUGGCGGCAGCGCCAAUUCGCUGGGCGGCAACAUUUGCAAUAUGCCAAUGGCCAGCAACAAUUCGCUGAACAAUCUGUGCGGUCUAUCGAUAGGCAGCGGUGGCAGCGAUGAUCUGAUGAACGAUCAACGCUCCAGCAAUACCAAUUUGAUAGUCAACUAUUUGCCGCAAGAUAUGACUGAUCGCGAGCUGUAUGCGCUAUUCAGAGCCAUUGGACCCAUCAACACGUGCAGAAUCAUGAGAGAUUAUAAGACUGGCUACAGUUUUGGUUAUGCUUUCGUGGAUUUCACAUCGGAAAUGGACUCGCAGCGUGCUAUCAAAGUGCUCAAUGGCAUCACAGUGCGUAACAAGCGCCUCAAGGUUUCUUAUGCGCGUCCUGGCGGUGAAUCGAUCAAGGAUACCAAUCUGUAUGUGACCAAUCUGCCGCGCACGAUAACCGACGAUCAGCUGGACACAAUUUUUGGCAAAUACGGUUCCAUUGUGCAGAAGAACAUAUUGCGCGACAAGCUAACCGGUCGUCCACGGGGCGUGGCAUUUGUACGCUACAACAAACGCGAGGAGGCACAGGAGGCGAUCUCGGCGCUGAACAACGUUAUACCCGAGGGAGGAUCACAGCCGUUGUCGGUGCGUUUGGCCGAGGAGCAUGGCAAGGCAAAGGCGGCGCAUUUCAUGUCCCAAAUGGGCAUGGGACCACCGCAGGCGCCACCACCACCACCCCCGCCACCAGCGCACAUGGCGGCUGGCUUCAAUAAUAUGGUUCACAGAGACGGAGCAAUGGAAAAAAUACGCUCAUUAUUCGAUGCUAUUUGCGAUGCUAUCUUUGGUCUCGAUAGUGACAACUUUGCCGAUUUGCUUGAUGGACUGUACCGCAGGAAGUACCAUUAUCCUUACUUAUAAUUGACGCCGCAGCAGCAGCAGCAACUGCAACUCUAUCAGCAGGCGUGCGGCUUCAAUUCCAACAUCAACAGCAUCAUCAACAACAGCAACAACAACAGCAGCAGCAGCAACCACAAUCUGAAUCACAGCAACAAUCACAAUUUGAACAAUAAUCUAAGCAGCAGCAGUGGCAACAUCAAUCUAAACACCAGCAACAGCAACAGCAAUAAUAUGUUGCAAUAUCAUUCACAUUACCAGCAACAGCAACAGCAACAGCAACAUGAAUCGCCACAUCAUAAUUUUAACUUUAGCAACAAUAAUAAUCAUCAUAAUAAUAACAAUAAUAAUCACAACAGCAACAAUGGUCAGCUGCCACGCCUGAGCAAUGCUGCCGCUGCGCACAGUAGCAACAAUCAUUAUCAUCACAACAGCAACAGCAACAUUGCUGCGCAUAACAACAACAGCAACAUCAACAACAGCAACAGCAAUGGGCAACAACGUCAGCAGCAACACAAUCAGCCGCUUGGCAACAACUACAAUCAACAGCAGCAGCAACAACAACAACAACAGUUGCUGUCACGCCAGCAACAUCAGCAGCAGCAGCAACAGCAACAUAAUCAGCUAAUCAACAGUUUGCAAAGUUUGAGCCUCUCACCGCACAGCAAUGGCAACAACAGCAACCACAUCAGCAACAAUCUGAGCAAUUGUCUCAGCAUGUCAACGCAGCAGCAACCAUUGCAUGACUUCCACAACAACUACAACAUGGAUCAGCAGCAACAACAACAACAGAAGCUGCAUAAGCUGCUCGGCAACGGCAACAGUUUUCAUCAAGCAACCGCAACUGUCACAUCAGCAACAUCAGCAACAUCAGCAGCAACAACAGCAGCAGCAGCAGAUGCGCCAUCAACAUCAGCAGCAGCUGCAAAAGCGAAUGCAAAUGCAAAUGGCGCCUUUUUUGUGGCCGACAUAACCUUAAAAACUGUCAAUAGACUACAACUAUAACGAUAACGAUAACCGAUAACUGAUAACUACAACUACAUACAUAUAGAGAGAUGUGUACACAAAACUCAUCCAUAUACAUUUAUCAACUUUUUUUUUUAUUAGCUACAUUUAUGUUCUCAACGAAUACCAAUCAAACAUAAGUUUUUUUUUUUCGGAUCACUUUUUUUUCGUUUAAUUCUAAAUGUUCCUCAUUUAUUUUAUGUUUGUAUUUUUUUUGUGCUUUUUUUGGGAGGAAUCUUUAUGUAAUAGUAAAUACAUUAGCAUUAGUUCCAAACACACACACACACACACACAGACAUGUAUUGGCUAUAUCAAAGUGAAUUGAACAGAGAGAUAUAUAUACAUAUAUAGAAAGAAAGAAAGAAAGAGAGAGAAUACUAUAUCGAUAUGGAAAUGUGAGGUAUAUCCACUGAUUAUUUUUUUUUUGCUUAACUUUAGGCAAUCGACUUUUUUUUUCACAUACAAUUAUUUAUAUAUAAUCUACAUAUAUAUAUAUUACAUCUAAAACUAAAAAAUAUAUAUGUAUAAGGCAUAAGAUUUGUUUUUUUUUUUUUAUUAUAUUAUAAUAUAUCGAUUGAUUCUGUAUCUGUGUAUCUAAAAACCGACUUACUGAGGAACUAUGCAUAUAUCCAAUUAUCUAACUAUAUAUAUAUAUAUAUGUGUAUUUAUAGCUGAAGAUCUGUUUAUUUUUUUUUUUCAUAAUUUAUAAAUGAAUUUUUUUUCGUAUAUAUAAACAUUAUAAUACAAAUAACGUUAGCAUGCUCAAGUUCAGGCUGUUCUUACCAACUACAUAUAUAAAGAGAGACAUGAGAUGAAAGCGAAGGAUGGAAGAAGUGAAUGUGUAAGAGAAGAAGAGUAGGAAGUACGAGAGAGAGAGAGAGAGAGAGAGAGGAGGAGAAGGGUUUGGGCAGCACUGCCCGUUGCAGCCCGCCCCACAGAAAAAGGAAGAAGGGGGCGGGCAGCUCAAAUGUGCAGCUUAUUUGGGGGGUGGCAACCCUUCCCCCCCGUAACCUGUUGUUCAACCAGACAAAAUUACAAGAAAAUAUCUAAUUUUUUUUUUUGCAUAGUUUGUAAAAGAAUUUUUUUCAUAAUUAUAAACAAAAAAACACAAAGAAAAAACAACUUGAGCAUGUUAAACACACACAUUACAUUAAAAGAAAAGAAAAGAAAAGAAAAAAACACAAGAGGAAAAUGGAAAAGGAAAAGUAAAGAAAAAGUAAAAAAAAAGCACGUGAUAAAAUGUAAAGAGGAAAAAAAGCAAAACACACAGAACGAAAUGCAGAAUUAUAUUUUGAAAUUUUUAUUUUUCUAUGGGCGUGGCUAAAAAGAAUUGUAUUUUAUUUUGAUUUCAUUUGUCACAUUUUAAUUUGGUUUUUGUUUUGAUUUUCGAUUUUAAACAAAAUGCCACGUCCAAAAAUUACGUAAAUCAAAUAAAAAAUAACUGAGAACAGUUUUUGGCUGAGAAAUGCGAUAAUGACGAUAUUGAUGAUCUUCUUUCAAAUUUCUAUGAUACAAUUUUGAUUUUUAUAAUUUAUGAUUUUUGAUUUUUGGUAUGCAUUACGAAUAAACGAGCAACAAAAUGUGUAGAUCUUUUAUUUUGUAAACACACACACUCCCCAAAAGAACUCUCACAUACAAUUAUCCAAAAUUUUACUUUAUUUUUAAAUAAUGAUUUAACAAUUCGAGUGAGGAACAAACACACACACACAAAUUUUGAAUCGAAACAUACAUUAUAUAAAUAAACAUUUCCCAAAACAACUUUAUUUCAAUUGGUUUCUUUAUUUUUUUUAAUCUAAUAUAUAUUCAAUACUCUAAUUAAGUCUCUCUUAAGAAAGUUGGAUUGGCUUCGGACCCAUCGAAGAUUUAAUGCCCUUGCAGUUGAUCGUAUUGUAAUUCUUCCACUUGGAUACUAACGAAAGUUCAGGAAUAUAUAUAUACAUAUAUAGAGAAAUAUAUAAUCUAGUUAAGGCCUGCAAGGGAAUAAAAACAGGAAGGGAAGAGCCAAUUUAGUUUUGCGAAUGCAACAACGAAGCAGAAUCCAAACCCCAUUUAGGGGUAAAACUAGCAUUUAAGAGUUAAGAUGGACAAAAUAAAAAAGAAAAAAUCACAAAAAAAAAUUAAGAUUGAGGCAAAUAUUGUUAAAUAGCAUAUAAAGAAAUAUUUUUUUUUUUGCAUACAUACAGCUUGGUUGUGCUGAGUACGAAACAUUCUAAAGACAAAAAAGAAACAGAGAAAAUCGACAAGAAAACAGAAUAUACCAAAGUAAAUAGAGAUUUUUUUUUUGCUAAUAAUAAAUAAUAAUAUUGCAUACACAACUAAAAUUUAACAGUUGAGCUGAGCUGGGCUGAUAUUAAGAGAGGAAUGUGAGAGGCAAUGUGAGAAGUUGUAGGAGACUAGAACCGAUAAGGAACAAUCUUUCUUGUAAGGAAUGGGAAAAAGGAACAGAAGGGAAAAUGAGAAAGAAGCCAGUAUUAAAAAAAAGUUAAGUUAAAUUAGAAACUAAGUGUGGCAAACUGGAAAUGUUAUUCCGAAGAGUGAAGAAUGGAAGAGAAAUCGCAGAAGCACAAUUAGCAAGCGCCUCUCUCAGCGCUUCUCACUUCUCUCAGAGUGGUGUCAGUCUCAUAUAAGUAUACAGCACAUGGUACGUUAACGACAUUGACACGACAUUUGUUAGUUGUCGCAAACAAUCGUAGUUACACAACAGUCACAGUUCACAGUUACAGCAAAAAUAAAAAAUA